AUGACUUCAUGCAGUUUUGGUUUAAUUAGGCCUUCAGCUCGCACACCAGUAACAACCUCACACACCAGUUCCAGUAGCGUCGAACCUUCAUCUCCAGGACUUCGAGGCACACAACACCCUAGUGCUGCCAUAGAUAUUGACGAAUCCCUUCCGGCGACAUCAGCAAUUCCAGACCUGGAAUCGCACUCAGUCUCUGCAGGCAACGGUCCAGAACCUGAGGCCCUAGCUCCACAGCAGAGCGCAGAAGACAGCAUCCCGCCCACAAACCUCGCAGAGAACCUUCAGGGCCUUCACCUCUCCACUUCUGGGAGUGGUCAGAAACACCCAGUGGCGCUCAAUAUCACCUCUGCACCGACUACUAUGGCCUCAACACCCAGCAACCAAAGACCAGCGAUCCAGGUUGCACACCAUUCUCGACAGGCCGAGAAUACAUCGCCUCCCCACGAUGAAGCGCCACUUUUCGUAAGACAGGACAGCCAGCCACCACCAGCUGGAUCUAUGCAGCAGACCACAAUGAAUACCGGCUCCCCUGCAAUGAGCAUAACUACCGGCUUCCCAGUUACCCUGCCAGUAACGACAGCUCAGCUAUCUCCCAUGAUCUCAGAGCCAGAUUUAUUAAGCCUCAUCCGCGCUUUUCGCUCACCAAUACCAUCGGUACCGGAGUACGCAGGUAAAGAUCAUGAGGAUCCGAAAAAGUUUCUUUAG